AGAGACCGACAUGAAACUACUGCUGACUGAGAAAGGCAAAGAUGACUACAUGGGCUACCUGAUCCUGACGUGUACGCUAGAGCCUAAAGCGAAUGAGGACAAGGAGCAGGUCUAUCGUCGGCCGGGGCGAGUUUCCGAAGUCAGCAGGAAGAGCAAGAUGCAGCCCUGGAGUGGAGUGGUGAACAUUGUUCUUGUGGAAGGUUCAAAUCUAGUCUCCAUGGAUGACAAUGGAUUCAGUGAUCCUUACGUGAAGUUUCGGCUGGGAAUGGAGAAGUACCGGAGUAAGGUUAAAACUAAAACACUGAGCCCAUCUUGGCUAGAGCAGUUUGAUCUACGCCUUUAUGAGGAUCAGACUUCGCUGCUAGAGAUCACAGUCUUUGAUCAUGACACGAGAGGAAAGGAUGAUUUCAUGGGCAGAGCCGUCAUAGAUCUGUCACAGCUUGAGAAAGAAAAGACACAUGUCAUUGAGCAGAAGUUGCAAGAUGGCGCCGGUACUAUUAAACUGUUGCUCACCAUCACGGGAACCGUGGGCAGCGAAAUUCCCUCAGAUCUGACCAACUACACGCCCAGUGCAUUAGAUAAAGACAGUAUCGUCAAUAGAUAUGGACUUUUGAAUUCAUUUACUUCUCUAAAUGACGUUGGAUAUCUGGAAGUAAAAGUAUUUCGAGCCCAUGGACUUCAGGCAGCAGACUUUGGGGGACUGAGUGAUCCUUUCUGUGUCUUAGAGCUGGUCAAUGACAGGGUGCAGACUCAUACAGAGUACAAAACUCUCAAUCCAGAGUGGAACAAGGUUUUCACAUUCCAGGUUAAAGAUAUUCAUUCCGUGCUGGAGGUUACAGUAUUUGAUGAGGAUCGUAAUAAGAAAGUGGAGUUUUUAGGGAAAGUGGCAAUACCAUUGUUAAGGAUCAAGAAUGGUGAGCGGCGCUGGUACGCACUCAAGGAUAGAAAAAUGGUUCAUAAAUCUAAAGGAGCCAUUUUGUUAGAGAUGGAUUUAGUCUUCAACCACGUAAAGGCAGGAAUACGAACCGUCAACCCAAGAGAAGAAAAGCUCAUAGUGCCGGAACAAAAAUUUAAAAUAUCAACAAUGAAACACAACAUCAACCGAAUGUCUCAGCUCAUUGGAGUGUUCAUCGACACAGGACGAUUUGUCCAGAGUUGCUUUGACUGGCAGUCGCCACCUCGGACAGUUACAGCCUUUAUUGUGUACUUAGUCAUAGUAUGGAACUUUGAGCUCUACAUGCUUCCCAUAUCACUUUUGCUGAUCUUUCUCAAGAAUCUAAUAGUUGCACAAAUUGUUGGAAGCUUGAAGAAAGAACCUGUAGAAGAU